AAAAAAGCGUCCGGUUUGUUUGUUUACGUUUGAACACGGUUUGAAUGUUAUUAAACUUAAACUUAAAAUAAAAAAUAACAAUAAAAUAAAUUAAAACAAUUAAAAUAAUAAAAUAACAACAUAUCUUCUAAAGCAAAAUGACUGGAGAAGUUCAAAUGGAAGACGAAGCUGAGACUUUCACAUUCCAGGCCAAGAUUGCUCAGCUUAUGAGCUUGAUUAUCAACACCUUCUAUAGUCGAUCUCCAACUCCUCAAAUGCCCUAGACAAGAUCCGUUAUGAAUCCCUGACCGACCCAAGCAAGUUGGACAGUGGGGAGCGCAUGGAUCCUUACAGUGACUCGUGGAACAGCUCCAAGUUGGAUGAUUCGACUACAACGACGUUGAGUAGUGUCAACUCGACGCUGGAGGACUUGGUGAGACUACAACAACAACCCAAAUCGUUAACUACGGCAACUGAUUCGGACAUGGAGUCCAAGUUUUCGGCAAAGGUUCUGGUAAUGCUGCCCGUCUUCCGCUUCCUGCAGUUGCUGUGUGAGAAUCACAAUCGAGACCUGCAGAACUUUUUGCGGGCCCAAUCCAACAAAAACAGUUACAAUUUAGUGUCAGAGACACUCAUGUUCAUCGACUGCAUUUGCGGAUCGACGACGGGCGAACUGGGUCUGCUCGGCCUCUACAUUAAUGAGCACAACGUCACCCUCAUCAACCAAACCCUGGAAACAUUGACGGAAUAGUGCCAAGGACCUUGUCACGAAAACCAAAACUGCAUCGCCACUCACGAGUCGAAUGGACUGGACAUCAUCACGGCUCUUCUUCUUACCGACAUCAAUCCAUUAGGACAACGGAGAAUGGAUCUUGUUAGAGUUGAAAAACAACGCCUCCAAGUUGUUGCUGGCCGUCAUGGAGAGUCGUGGCGAAAGCGAGAACGCGGAAAGGAUCCUGUACAACAUGAAUCCUCGCCAAUUGGUGGACGUUGCCUGCAAAGUCUAUCACCAAAAGUUGGUCGGUGGAGAAGAGGCGGCCAGUCCCAAAGAAGUCGGCCACAACAUUUACAUUUUGUGCCAGCAGUUGGCGCAGCACAACAAAGAAUUGGCCUCCCUGAUGAAACCGCCGCCAGUGGACGGAGUCAGUGGUGAUGCGGCCCUGCAGGUACUACGCCAAUCACACGGCGCAAAUCGAAAUUGUCCGUCACGACCGGACGAUGGAGCAGAUUGUCUUCCCCAUUCCGGAAAUGUGCGAGUAUUUGACCAACGACACGAAAGUGCGCGUCUUCCACACGGCGGAGCGCGACGACCAGGGAUCGAAAGUGACCGCUUCCUUUCUUUGAAGGAGUCGACGACAUAUUUGACGAGAUGAAAUGGCAGAAGAAAUUGCGCGGACAGCCGUUCCUCUUUUGGGUCAGCUCGCACAUGUCCAUCUGGAGUCAAAUCCUCUUCAAUUUGGCCGUCAUUAACAACUUGAUUGUCGCCUUCUUUUACCCGUUUGACACCGACGGACCGGCUCCUGAUCCUACCACUCACCUCUCAGGUCUCAUCUGGGCCGUCAUGCUCCUAUCCGCCGCUGUGGCCAUCACGUUACCCAAACCGUCGGUUAUUAGGACUCUCGUCAUGACAGUCAUCCUCCGGCUUAUUUGCUCAGCCGGCCCUCAACCCACACUGAUGCUCCUUGGCACCGCCGCGGUAGUGUUGAAGGGCGUCCAUCUGCUGAGCAUCAUGGGCAACGCCGGGACAUUCCAGUGGAGCGUCAAACAAAUCUGCACGGACACGGAGAUUGUCUACCACGUCGUUCACCUCAUCUUUUGCUUCCUCGGACUCAGCCCCCAUCCAUUCUUCUUCUCCGUCCUUUUGUUUGACGUCGUCUACCGCGAGGAGACGCUGCUCAACGUCAUCCGCUCAGUGACGCGAAACGGCAGGUCCAUCGUUCUCACUGCCGUUUUGGCUCUCAUCCUAAUCUACAUGUUCUCCAUCAUCGGAAACGGACAAGAAAGUCGAGAUGGUCGUCAUUUCCAACCGUUUGGUAGAGUCUCCCUGCUGUAUCGUCACCUCCCAGUACGGCUGGACAGCCAACAUGGAGCGUAUCAUGAAGGCUCAGGCUGCGAGGGAUACCACCACCAUGGAUUACAUGGCCGCCAAGAGGCACUUGGAAAUCAACCCCGACCAUCCCAUCGUCGAAGCCCUGCGCGUCAAAGCAGAGGCUGACAAGAACGACAAAGCCGACAAGGAUUUGGUCAUGUUGCUCUUUGAACCUCUCUGCUGUCAUCUGGUUUCUGUAAGAAAUUCACUAGGCUACUCAAAUAACUUGAUCCAUAAAUCACACUUCGCUAAUCUAUAAGUGAGUUGAAGAAAAUUCUGCCCUCUCUUCAUUAAAAAACAAAAUUUGUUGCCUAGACAUUCCGGCUUUAAAGUUGCAUUAAAUAGCUUCAAUUCCAACAUGAUAGGGAUCCAAAUGAUACAAGUUGUGAAACUGGUCAAAAGGUAACCGAAAAAAAAAAUAGUUAGGCGUGCUCCUGGAUUACAGUUACACCCCAAAAUGAUGUCUAUAAUAAGCGCCGAGCAAUCACCCUACAUUGCACGAAAAAAUACUUAACCUAUAUAUAACCUUACCCCUAACCCCCAAAAAUUUAUUAUGCACACUCCCUCAUUUAAGUUAAACCCCAAAAGUCCCGGAGGGAAACUGGCGACGCUAGGCGCGAGGCACAAU